AUGGCACCAACCGCAACCUCGUCUGCGAACGAGCAACCCACGACACAAGGCAGGGUUUAUCAACCGGCCACCCGCCUACAAGAAAUAUUUAUCCAGAUUGCGAGAGACGAGACGGGCUUGCUGAUCGCAAACGAUGUCUUGGAACUGAGAAGGCUUCCCGAGCAUGAGGUGCCAGAGAUCCCGCGCGAACAGGAACAUUUUAACGAUUGCGACGCAAUGUCGCUUUACAGACGCAUCAAGUUCAUCUUCGGCCUGAGUGGCGACUUGCAUCUCCCAGCGCUGGGCAAGGUGGUCUCUGAGCGUGGCAUCACCGACACGCUCGGGAGGAACUGGUGGCUAUGGGUCUGUCCAGUGAACUUGCAGGAUACGACCGUACCAAUGAACGAUCAGUUCAAAGCGUUUGCCGUUUGGUGUUCCCCCGCAAAAGACCCGCUGGCCUACGAAAACUGGAGAAUAGUUUGGCGGCAGUCGAAAGAUGAAUCGCCAUUCAUAGUUGACUUCAAUGAAACUGCCCAAUCAGGCCAGAACGGGGGACACUAA